AUGGACCCUAUCACGGCUUUUCAAGUCGCAGCUUCGGUGAUCACCUUCGUUGAAUUAGGUGCAAACUUGAUACAAAUCGUCAGGGAAGUCCGCGACUCUACAGAAGGUGUCACGAAGGAAAAUAAGUUGAGAGCCGCUGUCAAUCGGUCGAUGCGUCCAAUACUGGAUGCAAUCAGCACAUCAGACUACUCCAGCAUACCCGAAGAUGAAAGACCUUUGUAUGACCUCGCUCUGGAAUGCCAAAAAUGCCACAAUGAGAUAGACGAAUUACUGGGCCGCCUUGCAGCGAAAGGGAACCGCCGGCUCGACAGGUUUCUGUCUUCUUUCAAAGCGGUUCGCAAUGAGCCCGAGCUGAAAAAGUUGGAGUCGAGACUUGAUAAAUGCCGUCUUCAGAUAUCAGCCCACCAAAUCCAGAUACAAGGAAAACGACUCAUCGAAUUCUAUCAAGUACUGCAAGCCCAAGGGAAUAACGGGCUCCAGAUGGUCGAGGCUAUGCAAAAGCACGUUGGCUCAAUCAAAGCAGACUUGAACCAACUUCAGAGCAAGAUAGCCCAGGACAACCUCUCACUCAUUCUUGCGUGCCACGAGGAAGCUCUUGCGCCUAUAUAUGCCGAUCGCAUUCAAAAGAAGCUCCAUUUCUUCAAAGCGACCGCUACAAGGUACUCAAGCAUAGACAAUCCCAAAGAAGGGACCUUCUCCUGGAUUUUCGACGAUAAUUACAACCUUGUGGCUUCUGAACACUCAUCUCCAGGGGAAGAUACUCGCGAUAUUAUCGGAAGACCGCAAUUUCUCAAUGAACAAGACCAAAUCAAGAGGGCUCAUAUGAGAGAUAAGUUUAUAACUUGGCUUAGCUCUUCCGACGGAAUAUUCCAUUUCACUGGAAUACCGGGUGCGGGCAAGUCCACGAUGAUGAAGUUCAUAUACGAAAAUCCAGCAACGAAGGAAGAACUCCAGAAAUGGGCUGGAAGCAGGACAUUGUGUCUUGCUAAGCAUUUCUUUUGGAGGCCCGGCUCGGACCUACAGCAUAAUCUCGCCGGCCUCUUCUACUCUCUUCUUCAUGAAAUCCUCGAAAACUGCCCGGAAUUGAUACCAGACGCGAUGCCUGAGUAUUGGAAGAUGGUACAACAGAUACCAAUAGCUGUUGAUCCAGACAUCGAGAUUCCACCCAUCGCAGUUGAAAAUGCUCUGUUUACUUUAAUUCAGAAUGAGAAUAUCAUCAAGCAUCACUGUUUUUGCUUUUUCAUCGAUGGUCUUGAUGAGUUUCUCGGUUCAGAUCAACAAGACUACACGAGCUUGGCAAAUUUAUUGACCAGAUGGGUAGAAAAUUCAAAUGGAAACCUCAAAAUUUGUGUCUCAAGUCGAGAAGAAAAUGCUUUCAUGAAUGCAUUUCCCGAAGACCAGCGGCUCCAACUUCACCAACUCACUUGGGAUGAUAUCUCGACCUACGUCCGUGAAGGAUUAAAGGGACUUGAGGCCGGUUAUUCCAAAGAUGAAUUGGUUUACAGACUUUGCGACCGGGCCCAAGGGGUCUUUCUCUGGGUGAUUCUCGUUGUCAGAGAUAUCCGUGAAAAGAUUGAGAGCGGUGAAACCAACCCUCAAGAAAUCGAAGCAAGACUAUCUAUCCCUGAGGGAUUAGAAAAUCUCAUCGGCCAUAUAUUGCACAGACUAAGCUCGGAGAAGCGAAAGAAAUUGUCACAGAUCGUGGCAAUGUUUCAUUUGCAGCGUCAAUUCGAAGACGAGUGGAUAGGUGGUGGUCUCAUCCUUACACGACUUGCUUUUUCAUUUCUUGAUGAGUAUAACUCAGACCACAAAUUUGCAACCAGGAAUACUUUCAAUGAAAACGAAACACACCUAAAUGAGAGACUUCUGCGUGCCGAAAAGCAAAUCCGAUAUUGCAGCGGUGGGUUUCUUAAAACAUCCGAGCAGGAGGAAGCAAUAGUGUUCAUCCACAGGUCCAUUCCCGAAGUCCUUGGCAAGGAGGAAUUCAGGCACCUCCUAGGAUAUGUUGAUGCGGUCGAAGCCGCAAAGGCGCUAUCACACCUAACAUUCGCCCAGAUUCGUGCCGGGGCGUACAACAACAAAGAGGCUGGCGGUUUUCUAGCUCCAGUCAUGACUAUGUGCCUUAAGGCCCUUGACGAGAGUGUUUAUGAUUUCCUGGCAUGUAUACACGAAUGGUAUAAUGACAAAUUUCCUCUCGAAGCUCCCGAAGCGCACUGCAUUUUCACUCUACCCAGAGCUCCGCGCAUGACACAUAUAUGUCGUGGCUUGGGAUACGUGCCUCGAAGAUGUAGGCCAAUCGAUGAGAACGAAUUCCUAUGCUUUAAUGCUCUCUUUUACGCCGCAAUCAGUGGGAAUAUCAAGUUCGCUAAAUUCAUAGUUGGAAAGAAUCCCGAUUAUCUGAAGCAACCAUGGAUAAGAGCGCAAGUAGUCGAGAUACUGCUCUUCAGUCCUAGACCGGACAUAGCUGCCUGGAACAGCUUUCUGGAUGGUGAGAUGUUGAAAGAACAUCGAAACCGUCGCUCCAUCAAACCAUAUUUACCAUAUCCACUUAAGUAUACAGCCGAUGAAUUAUUACCAUGCAAUAUCAGCAUCUGGCAGUGGUAUUUAACUUGGGAAUUCUUCGAUUCUCUGGCCGAAGAAAAUGCUUCUCGCGAUUUCGUAACCGUUGAGUGGUUCCUAAGCCACGACGCUUCUACGAAUUUCGAAGCAAAGAUCUAUUCUCAAGAAAUGAUCGACAGUGAGACGGAAAUCUGUAUAUAUUUUGGCAACAACCAUCUCUCAUUCCUAGUCCCACCCGAAUACAUUUCUCUGUGGGCAAGCCGGAAUCCGAACCUGUUUAAACUCCAAACAGUAUCUCUUCGAGAAUGGAUCACACACUUUGCCCCUGAUAAUAUGGAAAAGCUCCUUGUUCUGAUCAAUGCGAGCCCGGAAUCAGAUAACCAUCCCUCCAGGGAUGAGCAUUCACGUAAUGCUCUAGCUCAGAAUAAGUCAGUGCUCGCGGUAUCUAAAGCGCAGGAGCCUGCAAUUGAACCAGAAGAUGCAAGAUCAGGGAGGGAGCGCAUUUUGGAUAUCAAGCGAGGAAACCUGGCAGCGUAUGCUGACUUCAGAGCCACAAUCAUACUAGGUAUGUGA